AAGAAAUUGUACAAAAUGGGCUAAAGCCCAAUAAUGGGAAAAUCCUAGCCCCCGAGCUUAAUUCUAAAUUCUGAUUAAAACCCUACUACGCGGCAGGAGUCAGCAGAAGCCAAACCCCGGCGCUCUCUUCCGGUCAUCCCCACAUUUCAACACCUUAAUCAGGUCGAAAAAAUGGUGUUCAAACGUUAUGUGGAAAUAGGAAGGGUUGCCCUUGUCAACUAUGGUGAGGAUUAUGGAAAACUGGUGGUUAUUGUGGACGUCGUUGACCAGAACAGAGCUCUGGUUGAUUCCCCCGAUAUGGUUAGGGGGCAAAUUAAUUUUAAGAGGCUGACCUUGACGGACUUCAAGCUUGACAUCAAGAGGUGUCCUAGCAAGAAAGAUUUGCUUUCUGCUAUGGAUGCAGCUGAUGUGAUAAACAAGUUUAACAACAGCUCGUGGGGGCGCAAGCUUCUUGUCCAAAAGAAGAGGGCAGGUCUGAAUGAUUUUGAUCGGUUUAGAAUCAUGCUGGCAAAGAUCAAGAAAGCUGGGGUUGUUAGGCAGGAGCUUGCUAAGUUGAAGAAGCUGAGUUCCUAGAGAGUUGGAAAAUUGUUCUUGUUCUUUCGUUAGCUUCUGAAACUUAAAGACCUUUAAUCAUGUGUAGCUUAUGUGAAGAGAAAGUACAACGUUUGGAUCCUAUAAUACGACUAUGCAUGUGUUGUUGUCAUUUAUCAUCGUAUGGCUUUUUCUGAAUCACGGAAGUAAUUUGCUUUAUACUUUUAAUAUUCAAAUGGAUUUAUCAGGAUUUAUUUGUGGGUUUUCCUUGUUAUAUUGGUUCCUUUUCAUUUAACAUUGCCAUCGAGACUAGGAAAUUUGAAUGAAUGGCAUAAGUGGCGUUUAGAUUGUAAAGCAGUAGAGCACUUGGAAGAGAAACUAAUUAUUGUAAUGCAGUAUUUGAAUGUCUUUCAUCAUUUUGAUGCUCUGAACUUAUAGAUCAUGGUUAUGUUAUAUAGCUUGCAUUAGAUUGACUAGUGCUCUGCAAAUUGAAGAGAUCUUAGAACCCCAUUUGUUAGUAUUGUUCUACGCUGCUCUAAUUAGCUCUCCAUGAUGUCUUGAGGCCUCAUUAUGUAUCUAACAGGGGGUGUGUGAUUGUUAAUCGUACAUUUUGACG